CGGGCGGCUUGACGGCGUCCUGCGCGGCGGCUCAGCGGCAGUCUGCGGCUCUGCGUCGCUGCUGUCGCCCCGUUUCCCCUGAGCUCCGCCGGCCUGCGAGUCGCCCUGCGCCGCGGGACAGUACGGCCGCUGACGGGACGUGUUCGAGCCGCUCGCUGCUGUGAUGGAACUGGACAAGAUGGACGAGAACGACUGGAAGUACCACGGAGAGGGGAACAAGAGCCUGGUGGUGUCGCACGUCCAGCACUCCAGGGUUCUGCGCCUGCUCAAAUACCCAGCAGAGGACUCCGAGAACGCACCGCAGACCCCUGACCAGGCCUUCAGGCACAUUCAGAACAUCGUGGACUUCAGCUCCAGCGUGAUGCGCCCCCUGCUGGGAGAGAAGUUCAUCCACAGCGGAGAAGUGGUCAGACUGCCUCUGGAAUUCGUCAGACAGCUGUCAAUCAAAGUGCAGCAUCAGAGACCAGCGUGGCGGUGUAACAAGGUGAUGGAUAUCUACAGCGGCUGUGCUCUGUGUCUGCCCAACCUGACGCUGCCCAGCCUGCACCAGUCAACACACACUCCUACACUCUGCAUCGAGAUCAAGCCUAAAUGUGGUUUCCUGCCGUCCUCUAAACACGUCAGCAAAGAAAUCAAAACCAAAGUGUGUCGCUUCUGCAUGCACCAACACUACAAGGUGGCCAGUGGGAAGUGGAAGAGAUCCAGUUUGUACUGUCCUCUGGACCUGUUCUCUGGGAACAGACAGAGGAUGCACUCAGCCAUCAAACACCUGAUAGAAGAACCUCAGAAUAACUUCAAGAUCUUCAAGGGCGGUCAGUGUAUAUAUGGAGACAGUGACGAGCUGCUGGACCUGAGCUCCCUGCUGCAGCACCUGCGGCCCUACUUCCUGUUCGGAAACAACCGCUUCAACAGUCACAUGACCAACAAGGCCGUCCUCAACAACUUCAUCCAGGUGCUAGUGAACGUCCUGCUGAGUGGUGGGCGGGGUGAUGGAGGAGGAAAGGGGAGGAGCUUCUGUGAGGCCAGUCUGCUGAGCAGAGACAGGAGCCGCCAUGGCUCUCAGGCUCUGCCGUCAGACAGUGUUUUGUCCAGGAUCCUUCAGACUCAGAUGUUGGAUAAUCUGGACAUCGAAGGACUUUACCCUCUUUACCGCCGAGUGGAGCAGCACCUGCAGGACUUCCCCAAGGAGAGAGGUCGCCUGCAGGUGGACGGGCCGUACGGCGAGGCGUUCCUGCAGAAGCUGCAGAAAUGUCCCGGCGAGGACGACGGCUCCGUGGAGUUCGCCGUGGCCAAGGUUCAUCAGUACCGUGUCGCCAUGACCGCCAAGGACUGCUCCAUCAUGGUCACCCUGGUUCCCAGCAGCGAGGAGGAGGAGGAUGAUGAAGGGCUUCCUGGCUUCUCCUCGUCCGUCUCCAUCUUGGAUCUGGACCCCAAGCCGUUCGACAGCGUCCCUCGCCAGCUGCGCCUCGACCAGAAGAUCGUCUCCUACUUCCUGAGGACGGCCGCCGCCUUGCCCAAGGGCUCCGUGCCGCGACGAGGCAUCUACCCCGCCGUGGAGCGAGAAGACUGCACGCUGCUGUUCCACCCUGUGUGAACCCACCUGGCCGGAUGGAGCCGCCGCCGCCGCCGCCGCCCGGCCACGACGCCACGACGCCGCGCUGACAGCAGACAUCUAGAAUCAGUCCCUGCCCGGUAAUCUGCCUAGCAACAGCACUCCUGUGGAUGAGACCCGAUUCUAGAGUUCAGUGUCACACGGCAGCCCUGCAGGCAGAGAGCCAAUCACAGCUCUGCAAGCAGGGAGCCAAUCACAGCUCAGCUCUUCUUCUUCCUGUGAUUUCUGAUAUUUAUUGGGAGCGGCUCGGGGUUUCUGUCCUGUUUCCGCUUCGCUAACGAGCUGUGAUUCACUUCUGAACUGACGGGGUUGUCAUGGCAACGACCCCCACUGACCACUCCUUUCUGCCUUCUGUCUCCAUGGCAACGCUGCUGAUGGCGAAGCAAUGAGGACAAAAAAAAAAAAAAAAAAAAGAAAAUCCAAAUGUGAGAGGAACACAUCUGUGGUUUCUGAUUCGUUCAUGAUGUCACUUCCUGAAAAAAAUCUAAAGUGAAUGUAGGCGGAGCCUCUGGCAGGGCGGUCCCGACAUGUGCUGAACCCACAAUCCUUUGCUUUCAUCUGACAUCAGCUCCCGCCAGAUGUCAGGCAGACAUUUUGGCUCUGCUGACAGGAAACAACUGAAGAAGAAAAUUAAUCCAAUUAGAUGAUGAUGAUGAUGAUGAUGAUGUUUUAUGAAUUUACUCCUCAACAGCCUCCUGCUGACCCUGGACCAGCCUGACCUCUGACCUCUGACCUCACAGCCCCAUCAGCUCUGCAUGAUUCUGUUCUAGGGAUCAGGUGUUAUUGAUUUUUCACACCCAAAGUGAUUAUUAGUAAUCAGCUGAUUUUAAUAUUCAUUUGUAGUAAAUUAGAAAACUGCAGUCAGAAUUCAGUUUGACAUGAAAAGAAAAGAAAAGAAGCAAAAAAAAACCCCGAAAUCUCUGCCCCCUCACUUUGGUCCCGCAUCUUUCAGACGGAGGGGCGGAGUCCCAUCGACCCUCCUGUCAGUCAGACCGUCUGAUGACGUGAUGUCAUGUGACGUCUGUGAUGACGUGAUGUCAUGUGACGUCUGUGAUGACGUCUGCUCACUGCUCUGAGCUCCUGAACCCUGAAUGUAACCACAAGGUGAAUUAUUAUUAGUUUGAGUAGUUUUGUUAGUAACUCGUCACCAUAGCAACCAGGAGACGUUCACGUUU